AUGAUCCCGUAUGGCAUACAUGAGCCUACCCAAGGAGGCCAAGCAAUAAGCAAGAAAAGUAGCAAUGGCAACCCAAAUGGUCUUUGGAUGAAGGUGAAAUGGGGUGGGAUUCUCCGGAUAUCUGAUUUGGAGGAAACCCAGAAGUACAAAGAAGAUGAAAGGAACGAGUGCAUCCAAAGGAUUAGUCUGUAUUGUCAUGUUACAUAUUUGGAUAGAGGUGAUUUUGAGCUAAGUGCAUCUAUAAGGAUGAGGUUCUGA